CCCGACUUCCAAACCCCUCUCUGUCUCUCUCAAUAGUGAACCACCACACCUGCAUCUCCCGCCUUCGCCAGGCUCGCCGCCGCCCUUAUUUCACACUCCACCUAUAAUCCAUAAAUAUUUAUUUCUUCUUUUCAUCAUUCUCUCUCGUAUUUCUUCUCCUAGCCCCUUCCUUUGGAUUUUGUCUCUUCGCUACUAAAAUUCUUUUCGUUUCUUUCUUUCUUCAUCACAAUUGAUGGGAUGAUUAGGAAUAAGGGUUAGCUCAGGAGAACCCCAAGGUAAAAUCUGAGUAUGGAUUUGUCUCCCUUCAAACAAGAUAUUGACGAUCUUAUUCACGAGUUUGUUCAGAGUGAAUCAUCAACCUUGAAUGACAUGAAGAGAAUAUGGUUAUCGAUGAAAUUCUCGUACAUUUAUGAGGCCAGUCCUACAAACUUAGCUUUCUUUAUGCAAUCACUUUAUGCGCAUACUAUUGGUCACAUGAUCAAUGUUGAAUCUUUAACUUGCAGACUUGGAGGGCUCUAUUGCCUCUACUGCCUAUAUGAAACUCAACCAUUCAACCCGCCUUUCAAGAUUUAUCUCUCACUUGGAGAGAUGAAGAAACUAACAAGCCUAGUUGCUGAGGCAAAAGAAAUGGGUAUAAGAGUAGUGCCUACCUUGGUGAAAAGGAUGCUGGAAAAAGAUAUGUUUCUGUUUGGGCUUGUAGACUUGAAUGAAAGCUCAGUUAACGAGACGAUUAACAGUCUCACAAAAUUACAAGAUGCACGAAUACAAGUUGCAUAUGAGAAGUUAUUUACCGAUACUGACAUUGAGCGAUGCAUCCACAUGGACUUGGGUAUGGAGGUUGACUUUGAUAAGAUAAAGAAAAUGUCCACUGAAUAUGCAGUGGCUAAGAGAAAAGCCAUCGAAGAGGUUGGAGAGGUGGUAGAUGUUCAGAACAUAAAGCAGAUAACAGAAUAUGAGAAACCUCUAAGCGAAAUAGUUGAGAAGAUAGAUGAAAGCUGGAACAAUCAAAGAGAGUUGUUCUAUCGAAGGACCGGAUUGAGCCACCACAAUCCCGCUGAAGGGGAACAACCGCCGCAUCUUCAGUUACAACUGAAUGAAAAUGAGGCAGACAACAAUGACGGUGAUGAAUUUUAUCGUCUACUAUAUGAACAUGAUUGAAUCCUUUUCCUGGAGAAUUGAUUUUAAUGCAGGGCAUCUGUAUCUGAUUUUUGUCCAACAAACAGUAUCAGUGGUGGUUUUGGGUUUGGUGUAAUUUGUAAUCAAGUACUUGUAGA